AUGGCCGUCGGACGUAGCGCAGCCCUCAAGCUCGACUGGACCAAGCUGGGCACCCAGCUCGGCCUCAAGGGCCAAACCGCCGCCGCCCUCCAGUCUUUCAAGAAGCGCAACGACGAUGCGCGUCGCAAAGUCACCGUUCUCUCCGAGCAGUCCCAGACCGUCGACUUCAACCACUACCGCGGCAUCCUCAAGAACCAGGCCGUCAUCGACGACAUCGAGAAGCAGUUCAACGCUUUCAAGCCCCAGACAUACGAUGUAGGAAGGCAGAUCAAGGCGAUUGAGGCUUUCGAGGCCCAGGCCGUCCAGAGCGCAGAGCAGACCAAGAGCGUUGUCGACAAGGAGUUGAGCGACCUCCAGAAGACACUGAAGAACAUCGAGGAUGCCAGGCCAUUUGCCGACCUCACUGUUGACGAGGUCGCAGCUGCGCAGCCCGAGAUCGACAAGCGUACCGAGCAGCUCGUCUCCAAGGGUCGCUGGGCCGUUCCCGGCUACAAGGCAAGAGAAGUUUGGCGAUCUGUCCGUCCUCUAAGCAUCUUCUUUGUAUGUAGUCGAGAUGUACCCAAUCUGGGUUGUAUUACCUACGUAUUUGUGAAUAGUUUCAGACAGUGGAAAUGCACCCUAGAUUUUGACCAUUCACAUCAUUCCGCCUGCGCUGCUCAUUGUUUCUGA